AACAUUCAGUUUGAUGUGAUGUUGAUGACAAAAGAAGGAGGUUUAGCAGAGCACAAUUCUUUACUGAAGUAGGCCUAUAUUAACAUUGGGAGAAGAUGACAGACUCAAACUGCCUAAAUGUACCUAAGGCACAGCAAUUUCCUGCUCUGAACUCUCCACAAAGGCUGGGAGGCAAGGUGGCAGAACCAGGGCGUGCUAAGGUACCACUGAAGCCAGGCCGAUCCCUCAUGGACUGGGUUCGGCUUGGCCAAAAAUCAGGGAAUGCUCUAAAUGGACUGAAAGGACAACAAAUGCGCGAAGUAACAGCAGAAGAGCUGGCCAAACAUAAUAAACAUACCGAUGCCUGGACUGCACUUAGAGGACGUGUCUAUAAUAUUACACCGUAUAUGGAAUACCACCCUGGAGGGGCGGAUGAACUAAUAAAGGGUGCAGGGAUUGAUGGAACAGCUCUGUUUAAUGAUAUACACCAGUGGGUUAACUUUGAGUCUAUGUUAGCAAAAUGUUACAUAGGCAGACUCAAGACCACAUUCAGUGUCCCAACAAAAGUCCCUCCCAAGUCUAAAUUGAAGGCUUCAGUAGCAACACAAAAUAGUAGUAAACUAACACCACCAAAUACAGGUGUAAAUCUAAAAAAUAUAGAGAAAUAUGAAGGAAAACCAAGAGCACGGUAUGAUUGGUACCAAAAUUCCAGCAGUGUAAUAAUCACAGUGUACGCCAAGUGUCAG